GCCGAUUCUCUGGCCCGUCCGGGACAGACUGGCUGGCCGGCGGGCGCUGACGCCGCGGGGUUGGAGCGGGCCUCGCGGGAGCGCGCGGAGGGAGCAGCGGCGCCGUCGGUCCCCGUCGGGGCUCCCUGGGUCCCCGACCCGCCCCCAGCCCGGCCAUGGCAGGCGCCAGGCCCGGCGUCCACACGCUGCAGCUGGAGCCGCCCACUGUGGUAGAGACCCUACGGCGCGGGAGUAAGUUCAUCAAAUGGGACGAGGAGGCCUCCAGUCGGAACCUGGUGACCCUGCGUGUGGACUCCAAUGGCUUCUUUCUGUACUGGACGGGACCCAACAUGGAGGUAGAUACACUGGACAUCAGCUCCAUCAGGGACACGCGGACGGGCCGUCACGCCCGCCUGCCCAAGGACCCCAAGAUCCGGGAGGUGCUGGGCUUUGGGGGUCCUGACACUCGGCUGGAGGAGAAGCUGAUGACAGUGGUAGCUGGGCCAGACCCAGUGAACACAACAUUCUUAAACUUCAUGGCUGUGCAGGAUGACACAGCCCAGGUCUGGUCUGAGGAGCUGUUCAAGCUGGCUAUGAACAUCCUGGCUCAGAAUGCCUCCCGGAACACCUUCCUGCGCAAAGCAUACACGAAGCUGAAGCUGCAGGUGAACCAGGAUGGACGGAUCCCAGUCAAGAACAUCCUGAAGAUGUUCUCCGCAGACAAGAAGCGGGUGGAGACCGCGCUGGAGUCCUGUGGCCUCAAUUUCAAUCGGAGCGAGUCCAUCCGGCCUGACGAGUUUUCCCUGGAAAUCUUUGAGCGGUUCCUGAACAAGUUGUGUCUGCGGCCGGACAUUGACAAGAUCCUACUGGAGAUAGGUGCCAAGGGCAAGCCGUACCUGACGCUGGAGCAGCUCAUGGACUUCAUUAACCAGAAGCAACGGGACCCAAGGCUCAACGAAGUGCUGUACCCACCCCUGCGGCCCUCCCAGGCCCGGCUGCUCAUCGAGAAGUAUGAACCCAACAAGCAGUUCCUGGAGCGAGACCAGAUGUCUAUGGAGGGCUUCAGCCGCUACCUGGCAGGUGAGGAGAAUGGCAUCCUGCCCCUAGAGGCCCUGGAUCUGAGUGCGGACAUGACCCAGCCGCUGAGCGCUUACUUCAUCAACUCCUCACACAAUACCUAUCUCACCGCGGGGCAGCUGGCGGGGGCCUCGUCGGUGGAGAUGUACCGGCAGGUGCUGCUGUGGGGCUGCCGCUGCGUGGAGCUGGACGUGUGGAAGGGGCGGCCGCCCGAGGAGGAGCCCUUCAUCACCCACGGCUUCACCAUGACCACUGAGGUGCCGCUGCGAGACGUGCUAGAGGCCAUUGCAGAGACUGCCUUCAAGACCUCACCCUACCCCGUCAUCCUCUCCUUCGAGAACCAUGUGGACUCGGCAAAGCAGCAGGCCAAGAUGGCGGAGUACUGCCGCUCCAUCUUCGGGGAUGCGCUGCUCAUCGACCCACUGGACAAGUAUCCGCUGGCCCCGGGCAUCCCCCUGCCCAGCCCCCAGGACCUGAUGGGCCGCAUCCUGGUGAAGAACAAGAAGCGGCACCAGCCUAGCACCAUCGUCCCCGACAGCUCUGUGCGCAAGCGGCCCCUGGAGCAGAGCAACUCAGCCGUGAGCGAAAGCUCCGCUGCCACUGAGCCCUCCUCACCUCAGCUCGGGUCCCCCAGCUCUGACAGCUGCCCAGGCCUGAGCAAUGGGGAGGAGGCAGGCCUUGAGAAGCCCAGCCUGGAGCCCCAGAAGUCGCUGGGCGAGGAGGGGCUGCAGCGGGCCUCCGAUGCUCUUGCACCUGCCGACCGUGAGGAUGAGGAGGAAGAUGAAGAAGAGGAGGAACAGACAGACCCCAAAAAGCCAACCACUGAUGAGGGCACCGCCAGCAGUGAGGUCAAUGCCACUGAGGAAAUGUCAACACUUGUCAACUACAUUGAACCUGUCAAGUUCAAGUCCUUUGAGGCUGCUCGAAAGAGGAACAAGUGGUUCGAGAUGUCAUCUUUUGUGGAGACCAAGGCCAUGGAGCAACUGACCAAGAGCCCCAUGGAGUUUGUAGAAUACAACAAGCAGCAGCUUAGCCGCAUUUACCCCAAGGGGACCCGCGUGGACUCAUCCAAUUACAUGCCCCAGCUCUUCUGGAACGUGGGCUGCCAGCUUGUCGCACUCAACUUCCAGACCCUGGAUGUGGCGAUGCAGCUCAAUGCAGGUGUGUUUGAGUACAAUGGGCGCAGCGGCUACCUGCUCAAGCCUGAGUUCAUGCGGCGGCCAGACAAGUCCUUUGACCCCUUCACCGAAGUCAUCGUGGAUGGCAUUGUGGCCAAUGCCUUGCGAGUCAAGGUGAUCUCGGGGCAGUUCCUGUCUGACAGGAAAGUGGGCAUCUACGUAGAGGUGGAUAUGUUCGGCCUCCCUGUUGAUACUCGGCGCAGGUACCGCACACGAACCUCUCAGGGGAACUCGUUCAACCCUGUGUGGGAUGAAGAGCCCUUUGACUUCCCCAAGGUGGUGCUACCCACUCUGGCUUCAUUGCGCAUCGCAGCCUUUGAGGAGGGUGGCAAGUUCGUGGGGCACCGGAUCCUACCUGUCUCUGCCAUCCGGUCAGGGUACCACUACAUCUGCCUGCGGAAUGAGGCCAACCAGCCACUGUGCCUGCCAGCCCUUCUCAUCUACACUGAAGCCUCCGACUACAUCCCAGAUGACCACCAGGACUAUGCAGAGGCCCUGAUCAACCCUAUCAAGCAUGUCAGCCUGAUGGACCAGAGGGCCAAGCAGCUGGCUGCUCUCAUCGGGGAGAGUGAGGCUCAGGCUGGCCCGGAGACAUGCCAGGAGACCCCGUCUCAGCAGCUGGGGUCCCAGCUGACCCCAAACCCCACACCUAGCCCACUGGACACCUCCCCCCGCCGGCCUCCAGGCCCUGCCACCUCGCCUACCAGCCCCUCCCUGAGCAGCCCAGGUCAGCGGGAUGACCUCAUUGCCAGCAUCCUGUCAGAGGUGGCCCCAGCCCCGCUGGAUGAGCUCCGAAGCCACAAGGCUCUGGGGAAGCUCCGGAGCCGGCAGGAGCGAGACCUGCGGGAGCUGUAUAAGAAGCAUCAGCGGAAGGCGGUCGCCCUCACUCGCCGGCUGCUUGACGGCUUGGCCCAGGCCCGGGCUGAGGGCAGGUGCCGGCACCAGCCAGGUGUCCUAGGCGGAGAGAAUGAGAAGGAAGAGGAAGAGGUGAAGCGAUAUCAAGAGUUCCAGAAGAGGCAGGUGCAGAGUCUGCUAGAGCUCAAGGAGGCCCAGGCAGACAUAGAGGCCGAGCGGAGGUUGGAGCACCUGAGACAGGCUCAGCAACGGCUCAGGGAGAUUGUCCUGGAUGCUCACACAACUCAGGUCAAAAGGCUGAAGGAGAUUAAUGAGAGGGAGAAAAAGGAACUGCAGAAAAUCCUGGACAGGAAGCGCCACAACAGUAUCUCAGAGGCCAAGACAAGGGAGAAACACAAGAAGGAGGCGGAAUUGACGGAGAUAAAUCGUCGGCACAUCACUGAGUCGGUCAACUCCAUCCGUCGGCUGGAGGAGGCCCAGAAGCAGCGGCACGAGCGCCUUGUGUCUGGGCAGCAGCAGGUCCUACAGCAGCUGGCGGAGGAGGAGCCCAAGCUGCUGGCCCAGCUGGCCCAGGAGUGUCAGGAGCAGCGGGCGAGGCUGCCUCAGGAGAUCCGCCGGAGCCUGCUGGGCGAGAUGUCGGAGGGGCUGGGGGACGGGCGUGUGGUGGCCUGUGCCAGCAACGGUCAUGCUCCCAGGAGCAGUGGGCACCUGUCUGGGGCUGACUUGGAGAGCCAAGAGGAGAAUACGAAGCUCUGAACAGACUGAGCAAGAGGUGUCCACAGGGCCAGGAUGAGGAAAUUGAGGUCGAGAGGAGAAGUCACAGUGUGCCAGGCCACAGCUAAGUCAAGAUGUCCUGACGGAGGCAGGGCAGUCCUGGACCCUCUAUGGCAGAUUGUCUUCGGCCAGCCUGGAGAACUUGUUCCAUGCUUCCCCCUCCGGCCCGUGGGACAGCGUGGAGUGGCAGAGACCCCGCAGCGAGGGUGCGGCUGUGUUCUGCAAGCAGGGUCAGCCUGGCACUUCUUCAAGGCCUCUCCCAGCUUCCUGGCGCUUCCUGAGCUGACUGCCUCCCUCCUCCAGAGGAAGGCAGUCUCUUAUCUGGGCUUAUCUCCUGCCAGUUGAGUGUUUUCUCUUUGUUUUUGCUGCAGCCUCAGGCCAACAGAUGGGGUGGGGAAGCCAAAGAAACUGGGCUUCCAGAGUAGGGCCUUCUCAGGGCUUGGAACCUCUGCCCUGGGCCUUGCUCCUUCAGGGUCAGUACCACUGCCCUAGCCCUGCUUCUGUAGUCAGGCCUUGUCUCAUCCCCAAAUCUGCCUACUCUAUAUUCGGUGUUCAGGCCCCUCAGCAGCCACCUGAAUCUCAGCAUCUUCCUGAAUCUCUUCAACCUACUUACAGAAACACUACAUCAGAACCUGGGUCCUCAAAGACCAGGCUAAGCUCCAAAUCCUGGGUAUGACAUUCAAGCCCCUCUGAAGUCUGGCCUUUGCUGCUCCUUCAUCCUUCUGUGGGUCUGUUCUUUCCUCUGUUGAGAAUGACAGCCCCCGCCCCCAUCCGUCUCUUCAAGCCCCAGCUCUAAUUCACCAGAAGCCCUCUGCCUUUGGGAGCCACCCUCACCCCGAUUCUGAACCCUAGAGCACUCGGUUGGCGGUAACUAUUCAAUAGGCUGGCUCUCUUGCCAGGAAGCUUUGGAUGGCAGGGGGUGGGGUAAAUUAAUCUCUGUAUACCCGGUACAAAGGACUCGCUGGUCUACAGGGGGCGCCAAUAAAUCUGGAAUUGAGCUCGAGCCCUGCUCCCAGGCCCUGGUGAAGCUUCGGUUCCCUAGUCAUCGCUUUAUUCACAGCCCUGAGCCAGUCUUCUGCCACCCCCCUCCGUCCUAGGCGCCCCGCCAGUUCCCUGAGCAGCACUGGCCCCGGGCCGGCCACACAGUAGCUGCUCGAGAGGACUGGCCCAAAUAGGAACAAAUGACCCUCCCUGGGGGACGGCAGCACGACUUGGAGAACGCGGAAUUCCGGCAGCUGGCCGGCGGUUCCCAAUUACAUUAGAGAUAAAGACCUGGAGGUCCCUGGGGCUUUGGCCGCGCUCUGCUUCCCGGAGGCCAUGCAGCCCUGGCUCUGCC